AUGGCCCUCCGCAGCCCACAGUAUAUUUUUGGAGAUUUUAGCCCUGAUGAAUUCAAUCAAUUCUUUGUGACUCCUCGAUCUUCAGUUGAGCUUCCUCCAUACAAUGGAUCAGUUCUGUGUGGCACACAGGCUGCAGAUGAACUACCCGAUGGACAAGAAUAUCAGAGAAUUGAGUUUGGUGUUAACGAAGUAAUUGAAUCCAAUGACACUUUGCAGAGAACUCCCAACUACAGUAUUUCAAGCACAUUGAACCCUCAGGCCCCUGAAUUUAUUCUUAGUUGCACAACUUCCAAAAAGACCCCUGAUGACAUAGAUAAAGAAGCCGACUACAGCUCCAUUGACUGCCAGUACCCAGGCUCUGCCCUUGAUCUGGAUGGCAGUUCCAACGCAGAAGCAGAAGUUUUGGAAAACGAUGGCACCUCGGGUGGUCUUGGACAAAGGGAGCGGAAAAAGAAGAAAAAACGUCCACCUGGAUAUUAUAGUUACUUGAAAGAUGGCUGCGAGGGUAAUAUUUCCACGGAAGCCCUGGUCAAUGGCCAUGCCAGUUUAACCAUCCUGAACAGAAUGUGCACAGAGGAUGUAGAGUUGAUGAGCAGUAUGCCCUUGCUGAGAACACCCAGGACUUGUAGCAGCCCUCAGGACUCCACAGACUUUGUCAGUGGUGCUGUGCCUGGAGGUUCUUUCCCUAGGGCCCUGGACAGCGAUGCUAGGACUGAAGGGCAACCUGAGGGCUGCCAGGGGCCUGACUUUGAACAGUCCUGCCUUCCUGCAGAGGCUGACAGGGACAGCCUGUUGAGGACAGCUGUGGCUCACCCUUAUGUUGGGACUGAUACUACUGAAAACCUUGGCGUUACUAAUGGACAAAUACUUGAAUCCUUGGGUGAGGGCUCAGCUGCCAACGGGAUGGAGUUGCACACUGUGGAAAGCACGGACUCGGACCCAGCUAAGGCCGAGAGCACUUCCCCUCCCACCGAGGCCCUGGCCUCUGUGGUGGGCACCACUCCUGUCAGUCAACCUAAGUCAUGGGCCAGUCUUUUCCAUGAUUCUCAGCCCUCUUCCUCCUCACCUGUGGCUUCUGUGGAAACUAAGUAUUCCCUUCCUGCCACAUCUCCCCUGGUCUCUGAAAAGCAGGCUGAAAUCAAGGAAGGGCUUGUUCCAGUUUCAGAGGAUCCUGUAGCCAUAAAGAUUGCAGAGUUACUGGAGAAUGUAACCCUAAUUCAUAAACCAGUUUCAUUGCAACCCCGUGGACUGAUCAACAAAGGAAACUGGUGCUACAUUAAUGCUACACUGCAGGCACUAGUUGCUUGCCCUCCGAUGUAUCACCUGAUGAAGUUCAUUCCUCUGUAUUCAAAAGUGCAAAGACCUUAUACGUCAACACCCAUGAUAGACAGCUUUGUUCGGCUAAUGAAUGAGUUUACUAAUAUGCCAGUACCUCCAAAGCCCAGACAAGCUCUUGGGGAUAAAAUCGUGAGGGAUAUCCGCCCUGGAGCUGCCUUUGAACCCACAUAUAUUUAUAGACUCCUGACAGUCAUCAAGUCGAGCCUGUCUGAAAAGGGUCGACAGGAAGAUGCCGAGGAAUACUUGGGCUUCAUUCUAAAUGGACUUCAUGAGGAAAUGUUGAACCUGAAGAAACUUCUCUCACCAAAUAAUGAUAAACUUCCUAUUUCCAAUGGACCCAAAAGCUACUCAGUGAAUGAGGAAGAGCAGGAAGAACCAGGUGAAGGAAGUGAGGACGAAUGGGAGCAAGUGGGCCCCAGAAAUAAGACUUCAGUCACUCGCCAGGCGGACUUCAUUCAGACCCCAAUCACUGGCAUUUUUGGGGGACACAUCAGGUCUGUGGUUUACCAGCAGAGUUCAAAAGAAUCUGCCACCUUGCAGCCAUUUUUCACGUUGCAGUUGGAUAUCCAGUCUGACAAGAUCCGUACUGUCCAGGAUGCAUUGGAAAGCUUGGUGGCAAGAGAAUCUGUCCAAGGUUAUACCACAAAAACCAAACAAGAGGUCGAGAUUAGUCGGAGGGUGACCCUGGAAAAGCUUCCUCCUGUCCUUGUGCUGCACCUGAAACGAUUUGUUUACGAGAAGACUGGCGGAUGUCAGAAGCUUAUAAAAAAUAUUGAAUAUCCUGUGGACUUGGAAAUUAGUAAAGAGCUGCUUUCUCCAGGAGUUAAAAAUAAGAAUUUUAAAUGUCAUAGAACCUAUAGACUAUUUGCAGUGGUCUACCAUCACGGCAGCAGUGCGACGGGUGGUCACUAUACUACGGACGUCUUCCAGAUUGGUCUGAACGGCUGGCUGCGCAUCGAUGACCAGAUGGUCAAGGUGAUUAACCAGUACCAGGUGGUGAAGCCCGCUGCAGACCGCACAGCCUACCUCCUCUACUACCGCCGAGUGGACCUGCUGUAA